UAUACAUUAGCCCUGUGCAGUGACGAUCCGGAAUUUGGUGGUUUUAGUCGGCUGGAAAAAAAGCAGCUCUAUCAUACUUUUCCGGAAGGCUAUGCUGGACGACGAAAUCAUCUCUUCGUUUAUAUUCCAUGCCGAGUGGCUAUUGUUUUGGAAAAAGUAGAAGUGUAG